UUUUUGCGGCGCUCUCUGGGCGCUUUCGGGCUGGAUCCGGGGCUGUUUUCGGGGGGCUCUUUGGGGUCAGUUUUGAGGUGGUUCCGGGGGCGGUUUCGGGGGUCUCACACCGCGUCCCCCCAGGGCCGCAAGCCGGGGUAUUUCUCCUUCCUAGACCCCUUCUCGCCGGCCGUGUGGCUCUUCAUGCUCCUCGCCUACCUGGCCGUCAGCUGCGUGCUCUUCCUGGCCGCCAGGCUGAGCCCGUACGAGUGGUACAACCCCCACCCGUGCCUGCGGGAGCGGCCGGGGCUGCUGGAGAACCAGUACACGCUGGGCAACAGCCUCUGGUUCCCGGUGGGCGGCUUCCUGCAGCAGGGGGCCGAGGUUCUGCCCCGCGCCCUGUCCACGCGCUGCGUCAGCGGGGUCUGGUCG